AUCAUUUGUUUUACAUUAAUGUAAGAGACGUAGGAAGUUUAUAUGGUUGUGCAAAAAAAAAAGAAAAAAAAGGGAAGUUUAUAUGAAUGUACAAUCCACGACGUUGCACAACCAUAUAAACUUCCUAAGUAGCCGUAAUCAAAUUAGAGAUUAUUACAUUCGGUUUUGUUUUAAUUUAGUUGUGAUUGUUGUAGGAUUGGGCAACAAUAGAGUACGGAAAGAGAAAUAUAGUUUCAUAGAGAAGAAAGAAAAUAGAGUCUAUCAAAAGAGAGAUAAGGAGGGCAGAAAAUGAGAUUAAAUCUUUGAAGAAGAUGAUGACAAGUAUUGGCCAAAGAAACUUGUUUACAUGACGAGUUGUUUUGAGAACCACUUAAAGUUAAUAUAUGUAUACUGUCACUUGUAAACAUAAUUUAAUGUUAGAAGAAUAACAAAUGAAAUAUAAAAUUUUAAUACGUUUUAUUAUAUUUUUAUCUUGGUUGGAGAAAUUUUAUCAACGGUGGAUGAUCCUCAUUUGACCAAAAAAACUUUAUUGUGUAGUUGAAUCGAUAUUAGAAAAUAAAAUAAAGGUGGUUCAAACCAAGUUUCGUGGCGUGCAAACCAAGUUCUAAAUAGUGUGGUAAGCUCUUCUUAAUAUAAUAGAAAAGGAUUUAGUCAGUUUAUUAUAUAUCAAAGUCCGAGACAUGUAUUUAAUUUGAACUCAUAAUAUUUUCUUCCACAUUGAUAAACCAGUCUUCCAUUUUCCUGCAAAACCUAACAUAAAUCUUCUCCGAGGCUUCAUCUGGUUCUGAAUAUGGAGAUUGCAGAAAUUGGUAGAAAGAAAAGCAACCAAAGUGUUCGACAUCAACAGCAGCAUCCAGGUGAACUCAGGAAGCAACAACACCGAGUCGAGGCUAAUAGAAGAGAGCGAAAAAAUGGUAGAAGAGCUACAACAACAAAUGUCUUACACUGGAAGAAAAUAUCUUGAGUAACAGCUUGAUAUUGGCAGUGCCAAGUCGAAGCUGGCAAGCUACAGAUUGGACUAUGGAUGGAGUUACGGAGAUUUGAUAUAUAGGAAUUCCGAGUUGGAUCGAAAAAAGAUGGAGCUUGAAAAGCUAACUUUCACUCAUGGUGCAUAUCGUGACAAGAAGGCUGUUCUAUAUUUCUCUUUCGGAAGAGAACCAGAAGUUAACAUUCAUAACCUAAAUUACCGGAUGCUGCAUGAGGCACGUAGCAUGGUUGGGGAAAGACACCUUCUCGAUAUGGCUAAUACAAAUAAAUAUAGUAGUUCUGGUUCUUCUCACAAAAAGCUCGAUCAACAAAUUUGUUGGUUACGCCAUCAUCUUUGGAUGACAUGUGGACUUAGUAGCAUAAGCGAUCAACGCACAGACAGGAAAAAGCUAGCGGAACUUGAAAUCGAGAGAGAACAGUUAUUUCUUAAUGCUCCAAUAAAAGGCUCCCUAUGGAAUUCAUUGCCGUCUACUAUGGCUUUACGAAAACAGAUUCAGUCUUUGGAGCCAAGUAAAGAGAGAAGGGUAAAAAAAUUUUCAGAGAGAAGAAAAGAGAUAGACUCCAACAAAAGAGAACUGAGAAAGGCAGAGAAUGAGAUUAAGUCUCUGAGAAAAACAAUGGAGAGGAUUCGCCAGAAAAAGCAGAAAGCUUUGCAAACUCUUUCACACCUUAAGCAGUCGUCUCAAGAACCAGUGUAAAUUGUUCUCUAUAUCGUCACUUCUAAACACAAUGUUUCUUUCUCUGUGUGAUAAACCACUUGUAAACAUAGCAUAUAGUAAAAUAAGAAAACGGUUGUUCAAGAGAAAAAGAAGUAAAAUAAGAAAACUAUGAUUAACUCUGUAUUUUUUCCAUUAAUAUGUACAAAGUUUAGACA